AUGAAUCAAAUAUCAUAUCCAUUGUACGGAUCAAAUGGUCUUCGUACGUUUAUUGAUGCGAUACCUGCAUCAAUAGAGAACCCAGAGAGUUGUUAUAAACUCAGAGAAUACAAAGCUUACUAUAACCCAAAAACAUCUGCUGCAGGUAUCAUAGAAUAUACAGAGACUGAAGAUCAAACUCAAUUAGCUCAGAACAUUAAAUUGUAUGGAUGGUCGUUGGUUGAAUUAAAGUGGAUUAUGACUCUUUUAGAGACACACUUUGCUAGUAAGCUCGUUCCACCUAAACGGGUGGUUGAAGCGAUCAUGGAUGUUUUAGUGAUGUUGUACGACGCUAAAUAUCUAGCUUUGGGUGGUAGCGAGUCACUACUAAUGCAGAUAGAGGCUAGAUUAAAUUUAAUGGGUAUCUUGAUGAAAUAUAUUCCACAAAUGUUUAGAGAUGCUAAAUUUGAAUUGGAGUUUAUGACAAAGGGUGGCAACUUUGCAGACAGAGUUGCAUUUGACCGUUAUUUGUACUAUCACAAUACUCAUAUUGGAGACGCUUACAAAGAUCUCGCACAAUACCAAUCGGUGUUGGGUGAUGCAGAGCCACUAUCAUUCCCACGUGUGAUAGAUCUUGCCGUCAUGCUCGGACACGAUGAAUACUAUAUGGACCCCAAAAACUUCUCAUACGAUGUGCAAGACGAGGGUGGUUUGAUCUUGGCAUGCACCUUUGCUGCCGACUUGGACACACUCAAGUACAUCUAUUCACAGAGAAAGCACGAAUACAUGUCGUCGACACUCGGCAACAAACGUGCUGAAAAGAUGGCGGUCGAACGUAAUCAAGCUCAGAUUCUCAAGUUCCUCUACCAAAACUCGUUUGACUUGGGUGACUUUUACAAUGGCGACGGUUUGUCGGAUAUUGACGCACAAAUAACUGGAUGGAUUCUCGAUGCCUUGGAAAAGGAUCGUCCUGAGAUCAUCAAGGCCAUCCUCCUCAGACACGCCGACAUCUUCCAAACGCGGUUACUAUAUAUCAUGUCCGAGAUGAUUCAACACCCCAAGGCCAUCAACCUUCUCACCACUUUUAGAUCGAUCGACAAGUCCAUGGCCAUCUUUCAAACGGGCAACAAGGAGAUGGUCUCCUUUUUGUCGCUCAAGAACAACAAGUUGAAAGGCGAACCCCAGAAAAAGAAUGAACCGAAUCCCUUGGUGCCGUUGAUAUCGAUCGCACCCAAUCUCGAGGUGCUCCAAUUCAUCACCGAACAUUACAUGUCGCACGACCGUUUGAACGCUCGAUUCUCUUUCAAGAUUUGGAAGAGAAUAGUUAAAUCCCCACCACAAGCAGCCAUCUCACUCGUGCAGGAAUUCUCGACAGCAGAGAUAUUCAUUUUGUUGGGCAGACACGACAUGGCGCUCUAUCUAUUGAAAAAUCACUUUUCUGCAUUCCAUUCAAACCAACUCUGUUCAAUCAUGCAGGAAAGCUCCAACAAAGGAAUCUAUCAAGAAUAUGUUAAAAAGUUAAAGGUUGAAGAGGCAGAGAGAUUAAAAGCAUUGGAUUCACUAUUACUCGAAGAGGACAAAAAAGCAAAACCUGCUGCAAAAAAGAAAAAGAAAAAACCUCAAACUCCAACACCUCAAACUCCUCCUCCUCCUCAAACACCUGCAACAACAACAACAACAAAAGAUCAACCCAAAGAUCAAGCCACAAAAAAUCAACAACAACAUGCACCUACCAAAGAUCAACCAAAAGAACAACAACAGGCACAGGCAACAAAAGAUCAACCCAAAGAUCAAUCUAAAGAUCAAACCACAAAAAAUCAACAACAACAAACACCUACUAAAGAUCAGCCCAAAGAUCAAACAACAAAAAAUCAACCUCAAACUCCUCCUCCUCCUUCUCAACCAAAAGAACAGCCAAAACCUACACCUACAACACAACCACAAACUCCUCAAACUCCUCAACCAAAAGAACAGGCAAAACCAACACUUUCUCCAAAUAAUCCUUCAUUGAGUCAACAAAUAGAAAAACUAUCAAUAUCAGAAAAUAAUAAUCAACCAACUAAAUCACCAAAUAAUCAAGCAGUAAACUCUUCACCAACGACCAAACAAAUGAAAAAAGAACAAGAAAAGAUACAAAAACAAUUACAAUUCCAACAAUUACUUUUGAAAUAUAAUAUUGUUGAAAGUGAAUUGGAUAGUACUAUUGGUAAAAUGAAAUAUUGUAGAAAGGAUAAAUAUAUUAUUGGAAGAGGUAGUAAUGGAACAGUGGUGUACAAAGGUCUAUGGAGUAAUCAAAUCCCAGUAGCCAUCAAGAGAAUGAACAAGGAAUUCAACUUGAUGGACAAGGUGGCCGAAGAAGUCGAUUUGAUGAUAAAACUAACAAAUGAGCAAGGGCUGCACAUUGUUAGAUACAUUGAUCGUGAAGAAAACGAUGACUAUAUCUAUUUGGCAGUAUCAUUGUGUGAAUUGUCACUUCUAGAUUGGUUUGAAUUUGCAGAUGAAAAGUUACCAGCUCAUCUACGCGAACAAAGACAUAGCAUUGAUAAAAAAUCACUCAUCUCUGAUGUCAUCCAAGGUGUUGCAUUCUUGCACAAAUACAACGUUGUACAUAAUGAUCUCAACCCUAGAAACAUUUUAGUCAAUAAUGGAAGACUCGUUAUAUCCGAUAUGGGUCUCUCCAAGAUGAUCACAGCCGUCGAUUCUUUUUCACUGACACAUUCACCAGCUGGGACGGGAGGGUAUCACCCCGCCGAAGUCAUUUUAAGAGACCAGAGAAAAACAAGUGCCGUCGACAUCUUUUCGUUGGGUUGUAUCAUAUGCUAUCUUUUAAGUGAUGGCAAAGACCAUCCUUUUGGAAAGGACACGUGGGACAGAAUGCCCCGUAUCAUGAAGGACAUGCCCAACGCCGAAGAGGCACUUCCCAAGGGCACCAGUAACGAAGCCAUCGAUUUAAUCACACGUUGCAUUAUCAAAGACCCGUCACUCAGACCCAAUAUCCAGCAAGUCAUCCACCACCCAUUCUUUUGGCCCCUCGACAAACAAAUCAACUACAUUAGUGCCGUCUAUCAGUCGAUGAAGGCCUCCACGCUGCCACCAACCACCUUUAACACGAGCAUAGACCCACGAGGCAAAACAUACUCACUUCUCACUGAAUACCAUGCACUCAAGCGAUGGGAUGCACUCAUUGACAGCAACAUCAUGGAAGUGAUCAGCGCCGGAGUCUCAUCUCCCUACCACUAUGAAAAUGUCAAGGAUUUAUUUAGAUGUAUGAGAAAUGCAAUUGAACAUCAUCAAGAAAUUAAAUAUCGUUUACAACAACAACCAAGUACCGACAAAAAGAUAGAAGAUGUAUUUGCAAGUAGAGAAUCAUUAUUCCAAUACUUUGUAAAACAAUUCCCAAUGUUGAUUGUAUUCACUUAUCAUCGUUUACAAUCACUCGAUAAUUAUAUUUCAUCAUCACCUAUUUUACAACCUUACUAUCCUCAACAACAAAAUAAAUAA